UAAACAAAAUUUGCGAGACGGCGGUUUACCGGAUCUAUGAUCCAAGUCUGGACCGGAUCCGUCUCGACCACAGCUCUCGCUUUCGUCCGCUCCCAUAUCCCGCUCGCGCGUGCGGCGCAGUGCCCAUGGCGAGCCCGCCGUCGCCGCGCCUGCUCUGCGCCCUCCUCGGCGACCGCCUCGCCGCCCUCUCCGCCAGGCCGCUCCUCCGCACCGCCGCCCCAGGCAGAGGGCACAGGCGGGUGACGUGCCAGGCCACGAGAACGCUCUCCAGCCUGGUGGACGCCCUCUUCAACAGGAGAAGUCGGGAUGACUCACUGGAAAGUAACCCUAGGCGCCUACGACCUGGGAAAGUGUCUCCUCGUCUAACUGUUCCCAGUCAUAUACAGCGGCCUCCUUAUGUCAAUUCUCGUCAAAGACCUCAGAUGAACGAUGGACCUGAAAUACAUGAUGAAAAAGGGAUCGAAUGCAUGAGAGCUUCUGGAAAGCUUGCCGCGCAAGUUUUGAAGUUUGCUGGAACACUUGUAAAUGUAAUGUUGUUAUUGGCACCGGUACCUGAAUAUUCUUUUUUAGUUGUGGAACGUUACAUUCACAACGGAAAUCUCAUUCCAUUCAUCCAAUACUUUGUUAAGAGAAAAGAGCACAGCGGGCAAAUGGAUCCUCUGCCAGGCAUCACAACUGAUGAGAUAGAUAAAGCGGUGCACCAAAUGAUAAUAGAUAACGGUGCAUACCCGUCACCUCUUGGUUAUUGUGGAUUCCCGAAGAGUGUUUGCACUUCAGUGAAUGAAUGCAUCUGUCAUGGGAUACCGGAUUCUCGUCCACUUGAGGAUGGCGAUAUCAUCAACAUCGAUGUUACUGUCUAUCUCAAUGGUUACCAUGGUGAUACAUCUGCUACAUUUCUCUGUGGUGAUGUUGAUGAUGAAGCUAAGAAGUUAGUUCAGGUAACAAAAGAAUCUCUUGACAAGGCUAUAUCAAUCUGUGCUCCUGGGGUGGAGAUCAACCGCAUUGGUAGAACCAUACAGGAUCAUGCAGACAAAUUCAAGUAUGGUGUAGUUCAACAAUUUGUGGGCCAUGGGGUAGGCAAAGUGUUUCAUGCUGAGCCUGCAGUGCUUCAUUUCCGCAAUAAUGAAAAGGGCCGCAUGAUUUUGAACCAAACAUUUACCAUAGAGCCGAUGCUAACCAUAGGGAGCACAAACUCGACCAUAUGGUCCGACGACUGGACUGCGGUGACGGAGGACGGGAGCCUGUCAGCGCAGUUUGAGCACACGCUACUGAUCACUGAAGACGGCGUGGAAAUACUGACGCAGUGUUAAGCCCGGCCGGAGAACAAAGAGGUCAAUGAGUGAAAGGCUGGAUGGCAGGGACGGCAGAACCUGCAUUUUUUUUCUGGGACUACACAUGGUCCAAUCAAACUCCAAGUGCAAAACUACACUUUUUUUUCUUGAUACAUCAGUAGGUUGAUGCAUAGAUUAUAUACAAAGUUUUGCAUCGUUGUUGGGAUUAUAGGGUGAGCUUGCAGAUCAGAUCAGCCCCCUUGGUUGUUGCGGGUAGGCCUGAAUUCUGACUGACUGCCUGGAUUCUGAUUGAGUUGGUUGGUUCUGCGGUUGAUGAAAGCCAUGUCUUGCCGCAUUUGUUGGCAGAAAGAAAUUAAGAUCUGCUUUGCUUUA